AUGGAUGAUGAAAUCGCACCAUCAAUGACGGUAGAAUAUCCAGUUGAUGAGAAAAAAGAUAGUGGUGAUGCAGUCAGGGAUGCGAUUAUUACAUCUGAUAGUGAAAUCACACCCACAAUAACACCUCAAUCUACAGAAAUUGUAGGGCAAAUGGAUGUUGAAAUUGCACCAACAAUUACAGUAGUAGAAUAUUCAGCUGAUGAGAAAAAAGAUAGUGAUGAUGCAGUCAAGGACACUGUUAUUCCAUCUGAUGAUAACAUCAAACCAACAGUGACACCUGAAUCUGCUGACACAGAUAGGCGAAUGGAUGAUGAAAUUGCACCAUCAAUGACAAUAGAAUAUCCAGUUGAUGAGACAAGAGAUAGUGAUGAUGCAGUUAGGGAUGCUAUUAUUUCAUCUGAUAGUGAAAUCGAACCCACACUUACAUCUCAAUCUGCAGAAUUUGUAGGGCAAAUGGAUGUUGAAAUUGCACCAACAAUUAUAGUAGAAAAUCCAGCUGAUGGGCAAAAAGAUAGUGAUGAUGCCAUCAAGGAUGCUGUUAUUGCAUCUGAGGAUGAAAUCAAACCAACAGUGACACCUGAAUCUGCUGACACAGAUAGAAAAAUGGAUGAUGAAAUCACACCAUCAAUGACAGUAGAAUAUCCAGUUGAUGAGAAAAAAGAUAGUGGUGAUGUAGUCAAAGAUGCCAUUAUUCCAUCUGAUAGUGAAAUCACACCCACAAUGUCACCCCAAUCUGCGGAAAUUGGUGGGCAAAUGGGUGUUGAAAUUGCACCAACAAUUACAGUUGAAUUUACAGCUGAUGAACAAAAGUAUAGUGAUGAUGCCAUUAAGGACGCUGCUAUUCCAUCUGAUGAUAAAGUCAAAGCCACACUGACACCUCACUCUUCUGAAAUGGAUAGGCAAACGGAUGUGUCAAUUGCGCAAUCAAUGUCAGUAAAGCCUCCAGUUGAUGAGCAAAAAGAUAGUGAUGAUGCAGUCGAGCAAACUGUUAUUCUAUCUGGUGAUAUAGUCAAACCCACACUGAAACCCGAAUCUGCAGAAAUUGAUAUACAAAUGGAUGUUGCAAUUGCGCCAUUAGUUGACAAUGGUAAUUCACAGUUUAUUAAUGCAACGACUCAUGAAGUAAUUGAAUCAACACUUAUAGAACAAGUUAAAGAGAGUGAGCUUGUGAGUGAACCUAGUGACAAAGUACAUAAACAGAAAGACAUAACAUCUGAAAUGCACAUCCACCCAAUAUUAGUAGAAUACCCACUUGAACUUCCAAAAGUUGAUAAGCCACAGAAAACAGCUUCAGAAACUUAUCAUGUACUGAAACAAAUUGAGGAGAGCGAGUCUGUUUCACUACAGCUAGAACGAAAAGUAAUAUCAUCAGAAGAGCAUACACAGCUCAUGUCUGUAAAGUAUCCAAUCAAACUCGCGACAGUUGAUCCUGCUACCCCACAGAAUACUGACGCAGAAUCAGAAAGUAAGAACUUAGCAUCUGAAGAGCACAUACACCAAAUUGGAUCUCUGAAGGUUGAUACUGUUACACCACUGAAAAUGGGUGCAGCAACACAAAACGUUAUCCCAUCAAAACAUGUUGAACCAGCUAGGAAUACUGGCCUAGUGAAAGCCAGAGUACAAGUACCUGAACAGACACAUAUAACAUCUGAAGUGCGUAUCCACCCAAUAUCAGUAGAAUCCCAAAGAGAAUUUGAUAAUGUUACACUACGGAAAACAAAUGCAACUCAUGGAAUACUUCCAGAACCAUCAAUAAAGAGUGACCUAGUGGAACCUAUGAAACAGAUGAAACUAGAAGACUCGGCAUCUGAGGUGUAUAUCCACUCAAUAUCAGAAUUAACAAGAAAAGUAUCCGAUGUUGGUACAGUUACACCACAGAAAAAUGAUUCAGAAACUUUUAAAGUACGAGAACCCUCAAAGGAGAGGAACUCAAUAGAAUCUGGCACACAAGAACAGGAACAGAAAGUAAUUACUUCUGAAGAGCAUGUGCAGGCAAUACCAGUAAAGUGCCAAAUGGAACCUGCUGUGGUUGAUACUGUUAUACCAUUGACAACAGACACUGUGAUUCAAGAAGUCAUUCCAUCAACAGUUCUUGAACCAUCUUUGGAGAGUGACCAAGUGGAGACUAUAAUUGAAGGAACACAACAGAAAGAUUUAGCAUCUGAAGAACAGAUGCACCAAAUAUCAGUAGACUAUGGAAGUGAACUUGAUACACCACAACAACCUGAUGCAGGAACUCAUGAUAUACUUGAACUCACAAAGGAGGGUGAACUUAUGAAAUCUGUAAAACCACCACUAGAACAGAAACAAAUUAUAUCUAAGGAGCAUGUCAGUGCAAUAUCAGUUGAAUUCCCAAGUGACCUUCUGAAGGUUGAUGUUACAACACAGAAUGCUGAUGCAGUAACUGGGGAAGUGCUUCCAUCAAACCUUGUUGAACCAGCUAAGAAAAGUGACCUAGUAAAACCUUUAGAACAAGUACAGAACAGACAGAAACACAUCUGA